AUGUAACGGGAAAAUACUGUUUAAUGUAAGAUUACAAACAUGUCUAAAGGUAAGAAUAGCGAGUCAGUGCGCGUGGUGGUCAGGUGUCGUCCUUUUAGCAAGAAAGAGGAGCUAGUUUCGUGCGAAAACAUCUUGGACAUAGAUGACAAAUUGGGGCAAAUUACAAUCAGGAACCCGAAGGCGCCUCCCGAUGAGCCGCUCAAGGUUUUCACGUUUGACGCUGUUUACGGUUGGACUUGUACCCAAAGAGACGUGUACGAUGACGCCGUGAGGCCGCUGGUUGAUUCGGUGCUUUACGGUUUUAACGGCACUAUUUUUGCGUAUGGCCAAACCGGCACAGGCAAAACCCACACGAUGGAAGGCGCGUCCAGCGACCCGGAGAAGCGAGGAGUCAUCCCCAACUCGUUCCAACACAUUUUUACGCAAAUAUCCAGGACGCAGAACCAGAAAUAUUUGGUUAGAUCGUCCUAUUUGGAGAUCUACCAAGAGGAGAUACGAGAUUUGUUAUGUAAAGACAAUAAUAAGAAACUAGAGUUGAAGGAAAGUCCGGAUUUUGGUGUUUAUGUGAAAGACUUGUCGUCGGUUGUGACCAAAAACGCGCAAGAAAUUGAGCACGUUAUGAAAUUAGGCAACCAGUCGAGAUCCGUGGGUUUUACCAAUAUGAACGAGAGAAGCUCGAGGUCCCACGCCAUAUUUCUCAUCACGGUCGAAUGCAGCGAACUGGGUCCAGAUGGAGAGGACCACAUCCGAGUUGGGAAGCUGAACAUGGUGGACCUGGCAGGGAGCGAGCGUCAAAGCAAAACAGGAGCGAAGGGAAAGCGUUUGAAAGAAGCAGCUAAGAUCAACUUAUCCUUAUCAGCUUUGGGGAACGUGAUCUCUGCUUUAGUGGACGGUAAAAGCACGCACGUCCCGUAUAGAGACUCCAAACUGACCCGGCUCCUCCAGGACUCUCUGGGAGGCAACGCCAAAACAGUUAUGAUCGCGACCGUGGGCCCGUCUCACCGACACCACGCGGAAACUCUGGCCACUUUACGUUACGCGAGCCGUGCCAAAAACAUUAAGAACAAGCCGAGGAUAAACGAAGACCCGAAAGACGCGUUGCUACGGGAGUUCCAGGCGGAGAUCGCGCGGUUAAAGGCGCAGCUGGAGGAAAGAGGGAUGCUCGCCAAAGAGCGCAGGCUGAGGAGGUACAGUAAGAGGCUCAGUAAGUGUCUGGCCGGGGUGGAUGAGGAGGUGUGGAGGGCGUUGGCGGAGGAGGCGGAGGAGAAGAGCAGAGGAGACGGGAAAGCAGCGGGGUACGGCGGGAACGAGAAGAUCAAACACCUGAACGAGAAUCGGAAGAGCGGGGAGGACGCGCAGUGGGACCAGGACGCGCUGGACAAGAUCAUUGAGAAGUAUAAGGCGAUGGAGAGUAAACUUCUGAUUGGAGGAAAGACCAUCAUCGAUCACACCAACGAGCAGCAGAGAGUCCUGGAGCAGAGGAGGCAGCAGAUCGCAGAGCAGAUCCGCAGAGAGCGAGUGAUCCAGCAGCAGAUGAUUCUCCAGGACGAGGAGACUCUGGAGAUGAAGGAGACGUUCUCCACCCUGCAGCAGGAGGUGGAGCUCAAGACUCGAAAACUGCGACGGCUGUUCGCUCGGGUGCAGGCAGUGAAGGUGGAGAUGAAGGACAUCGUGGAUGAACAUGUGACCAACAGACAGGAGCUGGAGCAGACGCAGCUGGAGCUCACCAGAGAACUCAAGUACAAAUACCUCCUGAUCGAGAACUUCAUCCCUCCUGAAGAGAAGAUCAAGAUCACACAGCGGCUGCAGUUCGACAGUGAAGAGGAUCAGUGGAGACUCAAACCUGUCCUGCCGCCAGAGAGUGCUCCAGUGCGUGUGAGGAGGAGGCCUCUCAGUGCAGUCGGAUACAAACGCCCCAUCAGUCAGUUUGCUCAGAUGGCUGUAGCCACAGCAACCGGGACUCCAUCCAGAUACCAGGCUGAGAACAUCAUGCUGCUCGACCUGGACAUGGGGGCCCCCACCAUGUUCACCCUGACCCUGAACGGACAGCAGCUGGAGCGGGCGUUCUCCCCACGUCUCCUCCCUGAUCUGCUCGCCCAUGUCCCCCUACGCCCGCGCACUUCCUCCCUCACCUCCACCUCCUCCACACGAGUCAAGAAAUCUCAGUCCUGGUAUCAGGCGCCAGAUGGAGCCUCAGUCUCUUCUUCAUCAUCAACAACAAACCUGUCCUCUUUGUCCCUAAACUCCUCCCCCUCCACCAGACCGAGGCCGUCUUCUGCUGCCUACAUUUCCCAUCAGCCCCCUCUUCAUCCUGGCCCCUAA